AUGUCCAAAGCGGGAACGUGGAUAAAGAUGUUCGUCGUCGGCACGGUGAUCUGUGUCGGCGGCCCCGCUCUCGUCCAAGCGAUCCGUCCUACCGAUGAAGAAUUGUUUAAGCGGUAUAACCCCGAGCUCCAACGGCGGAGUCUGGAGGAGGGUGAUCGUCGCGCGCAGGAAUUUGAUGAUUAUGUGAAUCGCUUGAAGCAGUGGUCUAAGUCGGACAAGUCGAUCUGGAUUGCGGCUCAGGAACAGCAGGAACAGAUGCGGACGCAGGCUGCGGUGCAGCGGGGUCAGGCGAAGGAUGAGGCGAAGGCUCAGCGUGAGGAGAUGCGCAAGGAGUUGCUGGGUGAGAAAUGA